CCCACCAGGAAGUAGCAGCAUAAACUCAACAGUGCUUUCACUUUGAGCAGUGUUUGUGCGUGUAUACACACACACGGUGGAAAAAUACUUCAAUCAGCUUUUACUUUAAAGGAUCAAGAAUGGAGGAUUCAGAGGAAACCCGCCUGGAGGGACUGCUGAUGUGUCCAGUGUGUCAGGAUAUCUUCAAUGAUCCUCAGCAGCUGCCCUGUGGUCACAGCUUGUGUUUAGAAUGUCUGGACAACAUGAUGCAUCACGCAUCAAACUCCGGCCUCUGCUGCCCUGACUGCAGGACUCACUUUGGACCAGACAUCAAGGUCAAAGUUCAGAAGAGUUACGCGCUGGCCAACAUUGCAGAGGACUUCAGGCAAAACAGGAAGAGGAGGGAGCAGAAAAGAACCGCGUACUGCGACUGCUGCCCAGAGAAACACACCCCGGCGGUAAGAACGUGUCUGAAGUGCGAGGUGUCCAUGUGCACGGAGCACGUCAGUGGCCACGUGGAGCUUCCUGUGUUCUCAGGACAUCCUCUGGUCAAACCUCUGAGUGACCUCCAGGAGAGGAAAUGCCCUCAGCACGAGGACGAGGUGCUGAGGUACUACUGCAACACUUCCAGGCGCUAUGUUUGCAACAUGUGCGCCCUGGAGAGCAAGCAGCACAACCUCGCCACUGAGGCCUCCACUGUCCUACGGAGACAGCUCACGGAGUUCAUGGAGCAGCGCUUCACAUUGCUCCAACAGCAAAUCACAGAGAACACUGACUCUGUGAGAAAACUGAGAGAAGACAUUCAACGUGAGAAACUGAAGACAGAACCACCUGCCGGCAAGCACCUCAACAGUGUCACAGUGGUUCUUCUCUGUCUGUGGUUCAUAGUUCUCUACUAUGCUUACAACUUCUCUGUGGAAAACCAGGCAUUAACAGAAGAGCUGGACAAGCAGCAGAACCAUGUGGAUCAAAUCUAUUCCGACAUUGCAGAACUUCUGCUUAAGCAUCCACUGAAGGAGUAGCCAACUUCCAAAACAUAACAUCAAGAUAGGGCAUCAUUAUGGAAAUGUUAAAAGUGCAGAAUGAAAGGAUGCUGGAUCGUCCCAAGUUCAACUUCAAAGUUCUAUGGGUCAUCCUCUCGACCCACUGCUCUCUCUGUGGUGCCCAUGCCUGUCUGUGGGGAGGAGGUUGAGGGUCAACACCAUCUCCUACAAGAGUGCAGCAGCACCUUUGUGGCAACUCAGCCUCCUGGAGCCAAACACACAGCAACAAAGGAAGGCGGUUUUCUGGCUGUAAGAUUGAACAAACGCUCCGUGUGUAACCCAUGAGUGAGAAUAUUCAUGCGCUGUGCCUUUAAAUAAUGGUGCAUAUGGCUCAAGACAGCAAUCACCUAAGUCUUUUAAUCAUCCAGGCACAACGCAUAAAAAAUGUGGCAGCAUUUAUUGGAGAAGUUCCAUUUUGCAGCUCAAUAUUCCUCACCUCACUGGUCCCUUCCAGGUGUAUUGGCAGACCUGUGUAUCCUUCAGUUGUGGGUUAUUGUAAAAACAUGAUGGUCCUAAUGGCAGCUACAGUAGAGCUCAUUCUAGAGUAAUGAAAAACAGCUAUUCAUACAAUCAGAUAAUUAUACACCAAUUAAAAAUGACAAUAAAUAAUU